AUGAGUCAGGAAAAAUGGUUUGUUUGCAAAGUGAAGGAUUUUAUGGCAAAGAGGAAUACAAAAAUCAGUAAUUUGGCGAAAAUAUAUUCAGAUGAUUUAAAUGACAUGGAAAAUUUCUUUGAAUUGCCAGAAAAAUCAAGCCCAUAUACUCUCUUUAUGUGCUAUAAGCUUUAUUCGUUAUUUGAUCCAGAUAAUAAAGGGUCAAUAACACUAAAAUCAGUUGAGGAAUGGGCAAAGAAACAACAUAAUUCCUUUUGUCAAGAUAAUAACUUAAAUGUAGAUACAAAGAUAUUUGAUAAAUAUAAGGGGAAAACUCAAAGAAUCUGCAACUCAAUAGAAACCUACAAAAACAAUUACAUUUACCAUUUGAAGAUUAAAGAAGGAGUUGAAGAAUUAAAAAUUGAUAGUCAAAAUAUCAUAAUUACUAUUAGUGAAUUUAUCAGUUUUAUCUCUCCACUAUUUGAUAAUAUUGAGGAUAUUAUUAAAAAGAACCAGAAAUCAUUAUCGAAUUGUUCUGCUGUACACUUUGCUCAUAUAUUAGAGUCGAAUAUUUCUCUCACCAACUAUUUCGGAACUGUUACAAAUACUGACCCAGUUGGAAAGUUCGUUCCUUGUACUAGUAGUCCUUCACUGUAUUUGGAACCAAAAGCCAAGAGUGUUUCUAGAGGAGAAUCAAGACCUUUCAAAAACAGUAUUUUGUACAUUUCAGACAGCAAUUUAUAUCACAGUAGUUUAUGGAGUCCUUGCACUGUUCCUGCGUCCUCCUCACUACACUCAAUGGCUAGAGAACUAGAUAGGUUACAAGCGGCCAAUAAUAUAACAAAUCUAGAUUAA